UUUUCUUUAAUGCCCCACAUGCCUACCCUAAAAACUCGAGUAAUGGUUGGUAUGGUGUGUGGACAUUGGAUCAAUCAAAACCUCUUCCGUUGUUAAAGGUUAAAAACUAGUGCUAGCUAGCUACCCCAUACUUUCAUCAAAACCUAGCAAGAAAACUAACAUAUAUAGAAAGAAAGAGGUUAUAGACUAUUGAACCACACAAUACAAGUUAAAGGGAUGAUGGAGAAAGGAAGUGUGGUUGAAGCUGCAGUAACUAGAUCUCCCAUGCAGAUGAAGAUGGGGGAUCAUGAAUUAGAAGGCAACACUACCAGUGCCCUACGCACUGCCGAGACGUUUCUGCGUUUGUUCCCUGUUGGUCUAUGUGUUUCAGCACUUGUUCUCAUGCUUAAGAGCUCUCAGCAGAAUGAAUAUGGAUCUGUUGAUUACAGCGAUCUUGGAGCUUUCAGGUACUUGGUGCAUGCAAAUGGCAUUUGUGCCGGCUACUCUCUAUUUUCAGCUGUGAUUGCUGCUAUGCCAUGCCCUUCCACUAUACCUCGUGCUUGGACUUUCUUUUUGCUUGAUCAGGUGCUGACAUACAUAAUUCUAGCGGCUGGAGCAGUGUCAACGGAGGUUCUAUACCUGGCUGAGAAUGGAGACGCCGCAACAACGUGGAGCUCAGCAUGUGGCUCUUUUGGUCGAUUUUGCCAUAAGGUCACAGCAUCAGUAGCUAUCACAUUUGUGGCAGUGUUUUGCUAUGUCUUGCUUUCCCUCGUUUCCUCCUACAAACUCUUCACCAAGUAUGAUGCACCAGCAAGCAGGGCCACUGAAGCCAUUGAGGUUGCUGCUUUCCCUGGCUAGCUAGCUCACCCAAAAUAUAUAAAUAACAACUUCAUGCUUCAUAUGUGUGUGUUUGCUACAAUUAAUAUAUUAAUGUAAUAGCAUAUACUGUUGUUGUGUACGUUAAUUUAGGACUUAGGACAGACAUGCAUUGCCAUUAAGUUUGAGUUUAUAAUUUAGUAGUUAUAUAUAACUCCUGACCUCCUUCUUCUUUGUAUUAUAACACUGGUGUUCAUGCAUGAAUCACGGAUGGCUUUAGCUUUUUCUACUA